CACGUAUUAUGUGUACAAAAAAUUAUCGGAGGUCGAUCGGCAGGCUAUAUCGCUCGCCCGUUUCCAGCUCAGCCGGAUAUCUUGCCAAGCGCAUCGUAGUGCUUGCAGAGAACAAGUGCCGACUGCAAAAGACCACAAAACACCUCGUGUUUGCCGCAUCGGCAUCAUCGGCAAAAGAUAAAGAUGGCUGCACCAGUCGCCGCCAACGCGAAAGUAGCCCUGAUCACGGGCAUCACGGGCCAGGACGGCAGCUACCUCGCCGAGCUUUUAUUGGACAAGGGCUACACGGUCCACGGCAUCAUCCGCCGCAGUUCGUCGUUCAACACGGGCCGCAUCGAGCACCUCUACAAGGACCAGCACGAGAAGCAGGUGAAGCUCUUCCUGCACUACGGCGACCUCACCGAUAGCUCGAACCUCUUCCACAUCAUCUCGACGGUGCGGCCGGCGGAAGUGUAUAACUUAGGAGCCAUGUCGCACGUCAAGGUCUCGUUCGAGAUGUCCGAGUACACGGCCGAGGCCGACGGCGUGGGUACCUUGCGUCUGUUGAACGCCAUCCGCAGCGCGGGCCUCGAGAAGUCGACGCGCCUCUACCAGGCGUCGACGUCCGAGCUCUACGGCAAGGUCCAGGAGAUCCCGCAGAAAGAAACGACGCCCUUCUACCCGCGGUCGCCCUACGGCGUCGCCAAGCAGUACGCCUACUGGAUGCUCAUUAACUAUAGAGAGGCCUACGGCAUGCACCUCACGAACGGCAUCCUCUUCAACCACGAGUCGCCGCGCCGCGGCCCGACGUUCGUGACCCGCAAGAUCACGCGCGCCGUGGCGCGCAUCUCGCAGGGCAAGAUGAAGACCUUGUAUCUGGGCAACCUCGACGCCAAGCGCGACUGGGGCCACGCGCGCGACUACGUCGAGGGCAUGUGGCUCAUGGUGCAGCGCGACGAGCCCGACGACUUCGUGCUCUCGACGGGCGAGUGCCACUCGGUCAAAGAGUUCUGCGAGGUCGCCUUCGCGCGCGUCGGCAUCACGGUGCAGUGGAAGGGCGAGGCCGGCUCGGUCGACGAGAUCGGCGUCGACGCCAAGGACCCGAACCGCGUCCUCGUCAAGGUCGACCCCAAGUACUUCCGCCCGACGGAGGUCGACCUGCUCGUCGGCGACUGCUCAAAGGCCAAGAAGCUGCUGGGCUGGACGCCCAAGGUCACCUUCAAGGCGCUCGCCGAGGAGAUGGUCGACGCCGACCUCGCCGAGCUCCGCCGCGAGAUCGCCCAGGAGGGCCAGUGAAUGUGUCCGCCGUCGCAUAACUCCCCUUGUGUCCGCAAUUACUUAGCGCCGGGGGUACUAGCGGC